AUGGAAGAUACUACACUGUCGGCUUUAUGCAAUUCUGUAGGAGCCAUGAUUAUGGCUUUAAUUAUCGCUUAUCAUUACGUUGUUGUUAACGAUAAAGAUCCUUCUGAAGGGGAAGUUUUAAAUGAUUCUUCUAAAGGUGUGGUUAUUAAAGAUUCUAAAUUUGAAUUAGGCAAUUCUUUUAAUACUUUUACUAAAAUGCAUCUAUAA